AUGGCUCCCUACAUCAACUCCCACGAGUCUGCUAUAGACGAUACUGUCGACACGAGCCAUGUCAAGAGCAAAAUCGGCGUCAGCCAAAUAAGGCUUGAAUCUACGGCGAAGCCUCCAGUCGCUGACGACUACAUGUACGACUUUAAGUACAAUCAUGCGCUUCCCACUUCCGAUGUUCUCCAGAUCGAGAUUCCAGACGACUGUGAAGCCCAAAAGGAGGCCCGGAGCAUUGUGUCACGCCUCUCCGAGGUCCUAGGCAAAGGGGACGCGCAGGGAUUCGCCGAUCUGUUUCUUGAAUAUGGUGUCUGGCGAGACAAGCUCUCCUUCACCUGGGACUACCGAACCUUCAAUUUCACACCAGCAAUUUUAAAGGCCGCUACCGACAUACUCCCUAAUACCAAGGCCACAAAUUUCAAGUUCCUCACACCAGCCCCCAAGAUUGACCGCCCCUACCCCGACUACUCUCAGCUACAGUUUGUCGUGUCCUUUGAGACCGAUGCCGUUGUUGCGUCGGCUGUGAUCAAUGCGGUUCUCACCAAGAAUGGCUGGAAGAUCUAUACCAUGCACACCGUGGCCGAGAGUUUAAAGCAAUUCCCUGAGCUUCCUCCUGCUGAUGGGCACAUGACUGGUCCUAUUAGCUGGGAGAAGCAGAGAGCGUUGGAUGUAGAUGCUGCUGAUCCUGAGAUUCUGAUCAUUGGUGGUGGUCAAAACGAAGAGAUUGGUGAUGUCUGGAAGAAACGUUACGAGUAUCUCUCGCUCCAUUUCCCCCAUUGGGCGGACGACUUGCCCUACUUUCCCUACCCUAAGCGUUGGCCUACAUACACCCCUGCUCAAAAGCAGGGAGUCUAUAUGGAGUGGUACGCAUCGGCUCUUGAGCUCAACAUUUGGACCAAGUCAUCGGUUGUCAAGGCCGAGCAAGACAACCAGGGCAACUGGACAGUCGUCAUCGACAAGGAGGGCAAGGAGACCAGAACACUACACCCCAAGCAGGUCAUUAUGGCUACCUCAUUGUGCGGCACCCCUAUGGUCCCCGCUGUUCCUGGGAUGACCGACUUCCAGGCAGGUGUCAUUCGCCAUUCGACGGCGCAUGACAGCUCACGCGACUUUGUUGGCAAGAAGGUUUGCGUGGUUGGCACAUCGUCCUCCGGUUUUGACACUGCUUUUGACUGUUCACGGCGUGGCAUUGAUGUGACGCUUCUUCAGCGAUCGCCAACAUACAUCAUGUCCCUCACUCACUCAGUUCCCCGUAUUAUUGGCAACUACGCCCCUGAUGCCAAUCUGAAUCGCCCUAACCUCGAGGAGCAGGACCGUCUGUUCUUUGCCACGCCUACCGGUCCCGGCGAGGAACUCUCUAGGCGCAAUGCUAAGGUUCUUGAGGACCUCGACAGGCCCUUGCUUGAGGGACUGAAUGCUCGCGGUCUGCGGACAUGGCGUGGCCAGCGCGGCACUGGGGGCGCAACCUUGGGUCAGACCCGUAAUGGUGGCUUCUACUUUGAUGCCGGUGCCUGUGAGCAUAUAAUCAACGGGAAGAUCAAGGUUGAGCCGGGGUAUAUCGAGCGCUUCACCGAGGACAAAGUAAUUCUUGACGGCGGCCGCGAGCGCGAGUUUGACCUCGUGGUCUUCGCAACCGGCUUCACCAACACCAUUGACUCUGUCCGGUCAACCCUUGGCGACAAGAUAGCCGAUCAGUGUGGGUCCAUUUGGGGCAUUGACGAAGAGGGCGAGUUCAAGACUGCAUAUCGCGAGAGCGGAGUGCCAAAUCUCUGGCUCAUGGUCGGCUACCUUCCCUACACCCGCUUUCAUUCGAAAUUGCUCGCUAUGCGACUGAAGGCUUUGCAGGAUGGUGUGGCUUCACUUCCCUACACGACAUAG